AUGUCAGAAGAUAAUUUAGUGACACCAGUCAGCGAACAACCAAGGCGUAACUCAUUUGCAACCAUUGAGUUUACUCCAGAGGUUUCCAAGCAAUGUCUGAAACAAUUGGAGUUUUACUUUUCAGAAUUCAACUUCCCAUAUGAUAAAUUUUUACGUACCACUGCUGAAAAGAAUGAUGGUUGGGUUCCAAUUAGUACUAUUGCCACUUUCAACCGUAUGAAAAAAUAUAGACCUGUCGAUAAAGUAAUUGAAGCGUUACAUGCAUCUGAAAUCCUAGAAGUUUCCGAAGAUGGUGAAAAUACUAGAAGACGUGUUCCAUUAGAUUUAAGUGCCACUAGAAAUGCAAGAAUUGAACAAAGUAGACGUACCUUGGCAAUCAUGAACUUCCCAACGGAUAAAGAACAUGAAAAAAUUACAGAUGCCCAAGAAAAAAUUGAAUCUUUUUUCCAUAAGUUAGCCACUGUUAAUCAAGUUCGUUUGAGAAGGGCUCAACGCAAAAACUUCAGCGGUACAGUUUUAGUUGAAUUUAAAACACAAGAAGAAGCUGAUAAAUUUCUUACAACAUAUACUGGAGAAGGUGCCGAAGAUUUAUCAUAUGAAGGUCGUAAAUUAGAUGUCUUAACAAAAAAGCAAUUUGAAUUACAAAGGGAAGCUACCAACUCGAAGAACUUCAGUGGUGCAGGUCAAAGAUCAAGAUCAUUUACUGGUCGUAGAAAAAAUAUGCCAGUAGUCAAAUCACCAAAAAAUGGAACUGAAUCAGAAUCUGCUAUUACCGAAUAA